CAAGCAACUCCGUGAAAAUUGCUUAAAAAUUGCUCAUAAAUUGCGUAUAAACCAAAAAUUUCACCUGAAUCCGCAGCAAGAAACCAACGCAACGUCAAAAAACAUAAAAAUUCAUCAAAAAAUCCUGCGAAAAAAGUAAAAAAUCGUGAAACCAUCCAUCGUAGUGUCUGGAAAUCGAGAAAAAAUCGCAUUAUUUUUGUGUCGACACACAAUCCGAGAUCCGUACAAGCGACAAGAAGACCAAUAAUCUCUUGCAUAUGAUCGUAGCGCUGAUAAAAAUAGACAUUUCACGUGAUUCAUAAGAGAGUAGUUGUGUUAUUAUUAUUUAUUCGUACGUGCGAGAGCUGCUGACGCGACGUACGAAGCCAAUUUAACACGAGUAAAAAUCUUUACUAUUCAUAAAAUUGAUUUCAUUCAGUUUAGUUUGAGUCACUAGACGGUUGUAACGCGGAUUUUUUUCGUCGUAUUUCGCACACGUCGUCGCGCAAAACAGGAAAAAACCCAAAUAAAUAAGGAAGAAAUCGCAAAAUAAAUAAAAUUGACGCAAAAAAGCUCGCUGAUAAUGAUAGAAAUUACGAGUGCAAGACAAAAACAAACUACUUCAAGUACUAUUUAUUGAAAAAAAAAAGCAAAAAAUAAUGAAAAAAUUGUGAAAAAAGAGAAAAUUUCAAGGAAAAAAUUAAAAACUAAAAGAAAAUGUUUAAUAAAAUAUUCGCAAGUACAAAACGGAAAAACCAAACUGGAGCGCCGCACAGUCAUCAGCAUCAUCACAAUCAUCAGAACACGAUUAGCCCUUUUGAGUUCGCAGACGACCAAACACGGAUCGUGUUGUUCCGCGAAUGUGACCUGAGAGGCACAAAAUUACUUUUUGACUCGGAUGCCUUCAGUCAGAUACCAGUUUCGCCGAAAAAAGGUCCCGCUAAGAAUGGGACGACGACAAAAACGGGAGGAAGUGAGGGGCCUGUGUAUGAAAUUAGUGACGGAAUUGCUUAUCGGUACUCCCGCCAACAAAAACAACCAAAAAGUGAUGAAAACGUCCUCAGCGAGAUGAUUUUCGGGUCUGUAGCGUUAGCGUUACGCGGCACAACGUUCAAAGUGCAUUGGCUGCACGAUCGAAUGAUGAUCUCGCAAGUGUUUUUGGCACCGAUUCAGAUGCAAAAUGGCACGCGACACUCCCAAUCGACACGUUUGAACAUCGUCAGUGCCUCGCAUCUACAGGAAACGGGUCCCGAAGGCACUUCCGUCAACUCGUUGUCGCUCAGUAUUUGUGUGAAGAGCGAUUUGGCGCUCAGUCAUCCGUUGGAUGUCCCCGAGGAGCAUCACGCAACGCAAAAUCCCGAAGUUCGAGGCAGCACAGGUGAUUCGGGGUAUAGCGGAACUGAUCCAUGGACUGCUACAUCGACAACUUCGUCACGUGUCUCGAAUCGGAGCAGCUUGGCAUCCGUUUUUAGUGACUUGGAUAUCAGUCAUCAUGGGCGCAAACACUCGAUUGACUCGACAGCGGCUCUCAUGCCCGAAACGAACAACAGCAGUGGCAAUAUUCAACGUCGAAUCUCGCGUCACGUGUCAACUUCCAUGGAAAAUCGCUUCACAAACCCCGAUUUAGUGGGUCAACUUGGCGAAUAUUACAUGACGAACGUCGUAAAUUGCUCCGCAAGUGAGUUAAGUGUCCCCCGCAUUCGAAGAAACAGCGAAAUUUGUCCCCCGCCGCAGGAGAGAGGAACAUCUUCAGACAUCCGAAGCAAAAGAAAAGCCAUAAGUGGUGAUGUUUUGGCAAAUUCAUCACGUCGCAGCUCUGCAAGACGUCCCAGACUUGGCAUUGCCGUCAUUUUCAUGCUCAACAAAGGCGAAAAUCGUGAAAUGAAGCUUUUUUGCUCGGAACACAUGCUCAUGCUCGAAGGAAUGAUCAACCGUUUGCGCAUGGCAGUCGAAAAUGCGUACAUCAGUCGUCAACGCUUCCUUCAAAUCAUGCUUUCGGCCUUUCAUGAGACCUCAAAUUGGCUUUAUGAUCUCUUCACGGCGCCUCGCAUCAAAUUUCCCGUGUGGAUUUCCUUGAGUACGGGUUUCGUGCAUAAUGCCGUGCAACUAGCAGCUCAAUUUAUGAAAGAUCUGAACCUGUUGAUGAACCAUCUUGACACGAAAGAGACCAAUUUCUUCAUGAGUCGUCUCGUAACAGCUGUUUUGACGUGUCAUUUGGGCUGGGUGAACACUGUGGCGCCAAUUUGCAUCCAAAAACAGGCAAAACGUGAUGGAUCAGUCGCUUCCGUGGAAACUCUCGUGAACGAAGAACGUAUGCGACUAUCGGAAAUCUCAAAAUUACAUCCUUACAAUGCUCUGUGGGCUCAAUUGGGGGAUUUGCAUGGCGCUGUAGGGACUCCAUUGAGACUUGCGAAGACUGUUGUGUACGGAACUGCCUCACAUUUGAAGAUUGUCGAACGAAUUUUAAACAUUUUGACGUAUUUCAUCCGAUGUGGCGAGAUAAAACGCUUGGAAGUGCGGAAAAAAGUCGAAAAUUCAGACGUUGGUGCGAUAAUUGAAAAGCAACUGACAAACAACAACAAAAUUUCACAGGAAAAAAUCGAAUCAGAACCAAAAAGUGAAAAAACUGAAACCAAAAAUCGCAUGAUGCGACGCUCAAACACGCAAAAAUCAAAUUUAGCCCUGCUGGAUCAGCAAUUGGAGACAUCAAGUGCCUCGUCAAGCAGCAGUAACAUUCCCUUCGCCAUGGAUUCGGACACUUCGUUAGUAGUUAAAGGCAGAUUUCAGGUAACAACAGCGACGGAAAGCGAUGUCGUGGAUUGUGCCGUGCCUCCUGCGACUAAAAUCGAUGAAAAUGGGGUCGUUUUUGUGCUGGGAGGCGAUAAUGAAGAGCUUGUUGGCCUGAAACAGGAACAAGAAACCGCAAAUGGGGCAAUUAAAAAGAGUAGUUGCUCCACGAAACACAAAAAACAUUCCGGCGUCAAAUUUGAUUUCGAAAAAUAUCCGCAAAUUGCGAAAAAUUACAUGCGGAACAAGAAUUUGGAAAUGAAUAAUUACGAUUUUUUCGAAAAAGGACUAAAAAUGGAGCUCCAAUGGAAGCUAAACUACGAAGAAACACAAACGAAAACAAAAGAAGAAGAAUGUGAGUGUUGCAAAGGCGCAGGAGCGCAUUACCUUCAAACUCCCUCCAACGCGUCUGAAUUGGAAUUUUCGAGUGACGAUCCGUUGCAGGAACAACACACGUCGACGCCGCGCAUCGUAAUCAGCGAAGCUCAAACCACUUGUCUGACAAAUCACUCGAAAUUGCCACUGGCCUACUUUCCGCUUGACGAGACACGAGAAGUGAAUAUCGUAAGAAACGAUAAUCCUCAGAUAAAUCUCAUCGAGUUGCCUUUUAAAGAGACUUCCGAUGACAAUAUCAGUACAAAACCGCUUGUGACGACCUCAAAACAGGAUAAAUUGUUGCCUGGGUUUAGCCCGUCGCUGUUUGUGGGCUUGUCGAAUCACUUUAUUUCGGAUAUGAUCCUUCAGGGCAUCAUUACGGCGCGAAAUGACGCCAAAUGGGAAGAUGCGCUGAGACAAGACUUGAUGUAUGCCGCCAAAUGCAUUUCUCUCGAACAGGUCCCCAUCGAGAAUGUAGCGAUUGUUGCUAAUAUUGAUAAUUGGGACGUCCGUUUACUCUCCUCCAACUCGUCAUAUCUCGCAUCGACUGCCACGAACAAGACAUUCGGCAUCGUGGGAAUGUCCCAGCUCGUCUCAACACUCCUCGAAACGGUACAAUGCAUGUACCAAAGCGGCGCCUCAGCCUUCCAGUGCAUGUCGCUCAUCGAAUCAAAGUUACAGGAAAUCUACCUGCAAUCGGAAACGCUUUCCGAAUUUCUGCUGGAAACGGAAUUUUGCUCCCUGAGCAUGCUCACGAACACGUUAGAGCUAUCGGACAACGAUAUACCGUUACUUCUUGCUAUCGCAUCAAUUCACUCGCCACAAGUUACCAAAAAAUAUGGUGUUAGUACCAGAUAAGUUAGUUUUAUAAGGAAUUCCGCGCAGAGAAACAAAAACUAAACAAUUGUAUACAAUCAAUAUGUACCGCUAAUGUGAUAGUAGAUUUAAUGUUAAAUUAUUAAAUUAAAGGACAAUACGGUAAAAAAAAAUAAAUAUUUAUAACAGACUUGAUAUAAAAAAAAGUUGAAUAAA